AUGUCAGAAACAGUUGAUCCGGGGUUGGAAGAGUUUCUGGUUCCUGUACAAAAUCAGAGCACUAGUUCAACUUCCAAUAACGAAGUUAGCUCUGCUAAUGUUUCUUCAGCCAGAAGGGAUUUGUCUCAGCAGUUAGCAGAGGAUCAGCAACCUCCAGAAUCUCCGGACAUGAAAUUUGCAAGAUCUCGUCUUGGUCACCUCCUAAACGGUAUUCGCACCGGUGAGAUCCAAACGACAUUGCAGCCUGCAAAGAGAAAGAAUAGUCCAGGAGACUUUGAGGAUUUAAACGUACAGAAAAGGCCGAAGAAACUGCUUCGCCGAGAAAGACGUGUUGUAUUUGAGCUUAGGGGGAAACCAUUCAGUUUACGUGAUACGGGGCGUACAGAAGCGGUUUACUCCUUAUGUCGUACGUGGAUGCGCGGGAAGGAAGAGGAACGUAUAAAGUCGGACGUCAGCAAUGAAGAGUCGGUUGAGCCUCCACAAGAUUCUCUAGAUUUAUUAGCUACAAAGGAGAUUAGUGCGCUUCCUAAGCCUCAGGACGAUUUACCAGCAGAUCCAGCACCACCUCCGUUACUUAAAAAGUCAUCUGAAGGUGCAAACUUUGAUAGGGUAGAAGAUCUUUUACAAGAUUCUCUUCCACAUUGGCGAGAAGUGAAAAGGAACUGGUGUGAUUACGCUAAGAUUCGUGAUAAACGAUUUGAAAAGAGCAUUCAGCUGUUGGAGACGGUUUACGGGAUAGCUCAGUCAAAUGUGUUAUGA